GAAAUUUGUGUAAUGCAUGAACGCCGGAAACCGAAGCACGUUUCUUAUAUAUUUUGAAUUUUCCAUAAAUUUAGGAUUUAAUAUUUACUUAUUUUACCAGUAUAGUCGCUGUUAAUAAUUCGUUUUUUUUUUUUUUUAUGAAACAUAUAUAAUGAUAUGUAAGUAACAGUCUGCAAAUUCUAUUCCAAACGUUUUCAUCAGCUAUCAAAAUAUAUUGAGAAAUUAUUUGAUCUUCACAACGGAAUUGAUCGAGGAUGAAAGCGUUCGGUAGUAGUUUUUCGAUUAAUUUCCGACAAGCAUUGUGCAUCAAUGCCACCACACGAACAUAUGUGUCAGAUAUUAAACGGCCAGGUACAAAGAGUUCAGACAAGAAACCAUCAAACGAUGAUCUAUUUAACAGCAUUAAACCUCACGCACGCAGUGGAGUACUAUCAGCCGUUGAAAAAGAUGAGAGCGGAUUCCCUUCAUAUCUCAUACUUAAAGAAACUAGUCCUUUGCUGAGUCAAGCCAUGAUGAGUAUUAAAAACAAAAAAAAUCGUCAACAAAAUAGCAGCAUUCUUUUAGAAGGCAAACGACUGAUACAAGAUGCAUUAAAUGCUGGUGUAAAGCCAAAACAAAUAUUCUUCAGUCAGAAGAGAGUAUUAGAAAACUUAUGUUUACCUGAAGAGUUACGAGAACUCUCAGUCUCAAGUACAAUAUUUUAUAAGGCUCCUUACAAAAUGAUUCAAUUAUUUUCAGAGACUGAGACUUCCCAAGGAAUAAUGGGUAUAUUUGAAUUUCCAAUUAUUGAUCAUAGAGUUCAUAAAAAAUCAUUUCCAAUUACAGUAAUCUGUGAUAAUAUCCGCGAACCUGGUAAUUUAGGUGCCGUGUUAAGAACUGUAACAGCUGUUGGAGCAUCACAAAUUAUUUUAAUGAAAGGCUGUACAGAUUUGUGGGGAGAUAAAGUAUUGAGAGCUGGUUGCGGUGCACAUUUUAGAAUGAAAAUAAUAUCAGAUGUUACCUGGAGCAAUUUGGAAAAUUUCAAAGGUCAAGUGUGUUUGGCUGAUAACAACUUUAUGAACAACAUUGAUUAUUCAAAUAUCGAUGGAGAUACAAAUGUUAAUGUUUUUAGAAAAACAGCUCCACUUGAAUUACCAAUAGCUCCUUACUAUGAAGUAGAUUACUGUAAAACCACUCCUUUGAUACUCAUUAUUGGAGGUGAGACACACGGGUUGAGUGAUGAAGGUUACGAAUUUGCCAAAUCACGAAAAGGUAUCCGCAUAAAUAUUCCACUUGAAAAUGGAAUAGAAAGCUUAAACUCAGCAACAGCUGUAGGUAUUUUAUGUUUUGAGGCCAAAAAACAAAUGUUAAAUUUAGUAAGAAGUGAACAUGAAAUCGAUAAAAUUGAACAAGCUUACUAAAACUGUAUAGUUGUAGAAUUUAUAUUGUAAAAAAUAAUUUGUUUAUGUGAAGAAAUUAAAAAGCAAAUAUAAAUGUUUUAAAUUUAUGUAGUCUAUAACAACUAUGUGUAACAACAGUUACACAAAUAAUAUUUUUUAAAUACUUGAAACUGCAAAAUAAUUGUUAAUUU